AUGCGUAGAACAAAAAAUUUUCGAAUAUUUAUUGAAGAUAGUAGUAGUUCUCAAGAAGAAAAUAAAGAAAUCACAAGAUCAGAAAAGAUAUUGAAAAGCGAAAGGAAAGAAGCAAGUGAAUUUCAAGAGGAGAAAGAAGAAGGUAAAGAAAUUAGGGAGUCUGAAGAGGAAAACCCUUUAUCACAUAAAAUUUAUCAUAGGUUAAAGAAUUAUAGCAGCCAAGGAAUAAAAAGAAAAAUGAAUGAUAAUACAAGCGAUGAAGGUAAUUACAGGUCAGAUGAUAAUUUAUUAAAAACAAUACAAAAUAAUGGACAAAUCGCAUUGAGAAAAUUUAAUAGAAUUCAUGAUAAAAUAAAUAUACAAAGUGACGGAUCCAAACAUAAAGGAAAAGGGGUAAAAGACGAUUCUACUUAUGAAGAAGAAUCUAUUAAUGGUGAUGAAGAAUAUCAAGAAGAUGGAAAAGAAGGAGGUACAACCAUCAUAAGGAGUAAAAGGUUAAAAGAUAAACCGAGUUCGGUGAACUAUGCUAAAGAAAAUUUUUGGAUGAUUAAUGAUAACCUUGAGGGAAGUGAUGAAGGGUCGAAGAUGAAAGUUGAUAAUCGAGAUAGUGAUGAAAAUGGUGAAAGUGAACGUGACUAUAUAGUUUCUGUUAUUGAAGGAAUGAAGUGUAAAAAGAAUGAGGACGACGAAGAUGAAGAAAUGAAUGACGAAGAAUCACAUGUUCCUUUCACCGAAAGAAAUGGAAUGGAUAAUAAUAAUAGUAGUAACGUUAAUCGUAAGUUAAAAUUAUCUCACGAUCAAUUAUUUCAUCCAUAUCGUUUGGAUAAUAGAAUAAGAAUGAUUGAACAAACUCUGCAGAGAACAACUUGGAAAGAACAUUUAAGUGAAACGCAAAAAGAUGAUGAUGAUUCAUCACGUGAUAAUCCAGGACAAAUUCAAAACUCUUCUCUUAUUACUUAUAAUCAUUUUCCUAACGUUUAA